GACACUUCCGCCCCGCAGGAUGGAGCGGAAGUUGGCAGAAUGGCGAGCCCGGCAGAAAUUGGAGAGUCCGCUGGAGGAGGAUCGCGGGUUUCGGGGAGUUCACGGAGUUUUCAGCGCUUUGUUGGCGAAGCUCCGGUUCCCGAAGGAUGAGGUAAAGGAAGAAGUUGACCACAGUUGGUCCCAUGAGAGAUCCCUAGCAGAACCCAUUGAAUCUGAUCACUCUAUCUUCAAUGCCGUGACAAUCCUGAAAUUCCUGCUCUGGCUGGUCCUACUUGGCCUCUUCAUUGAGCUGGAGUUUGGCCUGGCAUUUUUUGUGCUGUCAAUGUUUUACUGGAUUUAUGUUGGCACUCGUGACCCAUCCAAAAAGAAGCAAGGUGAAAUUAGUGCAUACUCUGUGUUCAACCCUGGCUGUAAGGCUAUUGAAGGCAGUCUGACAGCAGAGCAGUUUGAGCGAGAACUUCAAUACAGACCUUUAGCUGGCAGGUGACUAGUCUGUGAUAUAUUUUCAUUUUAUUAUACUAAAUGUUCAUUGGGUUUAUAUUAUCCCUGAUAUUCCGUGUGUUGCUGUAGUCUCUCAUGUUACAUAGGUCAGUGCUUAGCAGUGGUUUACACACUGCAGACUGUUCACAUGUAACAUGGACAUGGUAAUAUUGAAAUACAAAAGAAAGGCAACAAUAAAAUUGACAUUCUCAUUUACAAAAACAGUUUGUUUAAUAGCAUUAAAUGUAUUUUCUUGUAAUUCUGCCCUUUAUCUCAAGGCUAUUACUGGAAUAUUCUGCAGGUAGCAUUGUACAUUUAGUUUUUAAAUAAAUGUGCCAAAUUAAAUGAUAUUUAAUGUCCUAAAACUUGUUGAGAAAAAUCUAGUUGUCCUGCAUUCUGCCCUCCAUUUAUUUCUGUUUUACUGCACGGGUUGGGUUACAACACAGGAAUAAGUCUUAAAUUCACAGUCUUAAGAUCUUAUAAAUCAUGAAUAAAACCUGGACAAUGUAUUGCUGUUCCCAAGCCCUGCACCUACAUUUACAUCUAUCAUGUUCUUCCGAACAAUUACAUAUAGUCAACUACAGGCUUACAUUUUUCAAAGCACAUUACAUUAAAUUGUCGGUCACUGGAUUGAAAGUAUUUUUGGUCAUUUAUUUACCAAGUUUCCACAUCUAUCACAUGACUUAAGUUGCAGUGAUGUGUCACGCAGAUGACACCUCAGUGACACCAUUAUUUCUCAUCAUGUUCUAAUACCUUCUCAUGUUCACCUUCUAAAUGUCUGAUGUUAUCCACACAGAUUAGUUUCUCUCAGUGUCACAAACUGCUUUUUAGAUUGCUACAAGAUUGCAUUGAGUUCUUAAAAUGGCCAUCAGUAGAUUAAGUUGUGGAAUGAUCUGUUAUUGCCCCACAAUCAUCUUUCAUUCGACAUCACAAUUUUUCAUGUUUCAGCUUUGUUUUCAGUGUACGGGUGACAAAUGUGUCACUGUAUAGAUUUAAUGUUGAUUUUUCAUCCUUCUCCAGCGAGAGGCAAAUAAAGAACAUUGCAUUUUCACAGUGCUUUACAUUGUGAGCAAGUGUGGCAAAAUCCCAAUGUGCAACACUGAAUUAAGUGCCCAAAUAAAGUAUUUUUGGUAUUGUUCGGGUAGUUAUUUGUUGGCCAGAUGAAUGAGGGACUUCUCCUCUGAAAAAUGCCAAGAGAUUUUUCACAUCAACAAUAGCUUGCACUCAUAUAACAACUUUAACUAAGCUACAAAUCUUCUCAAAACUCACUUUAACUAAGUAAAAUACCCCUUUGUGCUUCAUAAGAAUUUUAGGAAACAAAUCUGAUGGCGGGCCACAUGAGACGUUAUGGCAGAUCAGAGGUUUUCUCAGAGGUGGAGAAGUUUAUGAAAGGAAGUCCAGACUUUAGGGCAUUGACAGAAAAAGACAAGACUGUCAAUGAAGAUGUGAUUAAAAUUGGGGAUGCUCAAGAGGUGAGAAUGUGGAAGGUGGAAAUACCUUGGAACAUUUUAGGGCUGAAGUUGAUGACAGGGAUAAGGAGCUGUGAAACAAUGGAGAGAUUUGAAAAUAAAAGUGAACAUUUUAAAGUUGAGGCUGUGCCUCCCUGGGAGCUGGGCUGAUGUGUGUCUAAGAUUUGAUGUGAGAAUACAGCUAGGAGGGAAUCUCGGGUGACUUCAAUUACACUUUAAGAGAGCAGGUGAGAAGCUAGGAAUUCUGUGGCAACAAACAUACUAUCUUUAAUACCUGCCUACUAAGCCAAGAGUGUGAUGGAAUACUGUCCACCUGCCUGAGUAAGUGCCCAACACCAUCCAGGACAAAGAAUUAAUUUGAUUGUCAUCUCUUCCACCAUUUUCAGCAUGCAGUUUUUUUGCCACCUCCACAGUGUGUUCAUGAUGAAUGUGUACCAUCUACCACAUGCGCUGAAGUAACAUGCUAAGGCUGUUAUAACAGAAUCUUCCAAACUGGUGACCUCUACCAGCUAGAUGGACAGAGACAGCAGACACAUGGGAAUGCCAUCACCAAUACCACACGGACUGCAGUAGUUCAAAAAGGUGGCUCACCGCUACCUUCUCCAGAGUAAUUAGGGAUCACUGUUAAAUGCUGGUCUAACCACCAGUGUUCACUUCUCUCAAGCAAAGAAUAAGUUUAAGAUGGUAGAGGGGAAUGAUAGUCAAAUCUAGAUGUAUUGAGGCGUUGAUGGUUUUAACAGCAGUGAAGCUGAAGGUGGGCAGAGUUGAAUGAUGUAGAAACAUAAGUAGGUGGUUUAAGUAAAAACAAAGAGAUCAUUCAUUGAAGGUGGUAGACAGGAUUUGUUUAAAGUUUCAUCCAAAAGAUGAUGCCUCCCACACUGCAGCACUACUCAAUACUUCAGUCAUGUAACUAGCUUGUGAAUAGAACUAGAACCCAUUAGCCAUACUGAAGCAUAAUGCAACUACUGAAUCAAGGCUUACAGUCAUGUAGUAAAUGCUGUUCCAUUAUUUACAUGUUAGGAAAUGUCCAAUUAAAGCUGUCAAAUAAUUGCAGAAAAUUCUUUGCCAUAGAAUUAUUUACUCAAUUAUGCUUUGCUACAAAUAAAAUCAAUACUAGGACUAUACUGGAAGGGAUACAAGUAUGUAUUUUUAAAUAAAGUUCAGCAUCUGAAAUUUUAAUUCAGAAAGAACAUAAUGAAAGAAAAUAAAGGAUAAGAUGAACAUAAAUACAUAUGUCAAAUAUUUCAUCACAAAAUUUAAAGCUGAAUUUGUGACCACUUCAAAUUUUGAUUGCAACCAAUACAGUCCUUUGUUGAAAUUGUUGAAUUCAAACUACUACAUAAUUAGCAUUUAGUGGGGUCAAAACAUUAUUGAGUUGUCAGGAGUGGACUGUCGAUGUUGUAAGUUGUGAAGGUUUAUUUGAGAUUCUUCAGAUCGUUCUUGCCUCUUGUAGCUCAAAUCUGCAGCCCAGAGAUGUUCUCAAUGACAGUAUUCAGAUAUGAAGUGGAAGCAGGUGAGAGUGAUAGAUGGGUUUUAUUUUUCCAGUAACUUUUUCUUAAUGUAAAUGUGUUUUAUUUGUUCAAUUUGCACCAUUUCAUUCCUUAUUUUCUCUUUUUAUAGGAUGUGUUUCUCCUUGUCAAUAAACUUUAAUGUGUUUGUUUAAAAAUUUAGGAUCACAUUUGUUUCCUUUUUUGAGUUUGUAGAUUCUUAAGUUUUGUUUCAUAAUACUCAAUGCUCUACCUUAAAGAGUGUUGAUUGAUCCUGUAUGGAAGUGUUGUUGAAACAUCUAUCUUGGGGUAAUCCUCGUUUUAUUACAUCUAGCCUUUCAGAAGUUCUGCACUGGGGCCCUUUAGACUUGCUUGCUGAGCUGGUGUGUUUACUUGCAGACAUUUUGACACCCUGCUAGGUAAAAUUAUCAGUGCAGCGCCUGUGAAGUGUUAGAGUUCUGUCCCGCUUGUUAUUUAUAUAGCUGGGUUUGCUGGGGUGGUUGGCAUCUCUUACACUUUUGUUUUUCAGUGGUUUGCAUAUCAGGCCCAGUUCAAUGUGUUUAUUGAUGGAGUUCCAGUUGGAAUGCCAGGCCUCCAGGAAUUCCCUGGCAUGUCAUAGUAAUCUGACCCCACUAACAAAGACAUUUUUUCCUCCCCACCCUUAUGUGCGUUCCAAAGGGACCACUCUCUCCUUGACUCCCUUGUCCACUUCACGCUUCCCUCCAGCCCCACCUCCCCCGGCACUUUUCCCUGCAACCGAAGCAAGUGCUACCCCUGCCCCUAUACCUCCCCGCUCACCCCCAUCCCAGGCCCUAAGAAGACUUUCCGCAUCAAACAGAUGUUCACCUGCACAUCUGUUAAUGUGAUAUACUGUAUCCGCUGUCCCCAUAGUGGCCGCCUGUACACCGGGGAGACCAAGCGGAGGCUUGGGGACUGCUUUGCGGAACACCUAUGCUCAGUUCACAACAAAUAACUGCACCUCCCUGUCGCAAACCAUUUCAAUGCCCCCCCCCCCCCAACUCCUCGGACAACAUGUCCAUCCUGGGCCUCCUGCGUUGCUGCGAUGAUGCCACCUGAAAGAUGCAAGAACAGCAUCUCAUAUUUCGCUUGGGGACCCUGCAGCCCAAUGGUAUCAAUGUGGACUUCACAAGCUUCAAAAUAUCCCCUCCCCCAACCACAUCCCAAAACCAGCUCAGCUAGUCCUCGCCUCCCUGACCAUUCCUCCCACCCCAAGUCCCAACCCCUUCCCCUACCCACAGACCUCAUCCCGUCUCCUUGUCCUGUCCGUCCUCCCUGGACCGACCUAUCCCAUCCCUAACUCCCCACCUACAUUCACUGGCUGUAACCCCGCCUCUUUGACCUGUCUGUCUCCUCUCACCUUAUCUUCUCCUUUAUCCAUCUUCUAUUCGCCUCCCCCUGUCUCCCUAUUUAUUUCAGAAUCCCCUUCCCCUCCACCUUUUCUGAAGAAGGACCUCGACCCGAAACAUCAAACUGUCCUGCUACUCUGAUGCUGCUUGGCCUGCUGUGUUCAUCCAGCCUCACACCGUUUUAUCUCGUAUUCCCUGGCAUGUGUGUGUUUGGCUUGUGCUAUAAUGGAUGUGUUGUUCCAACUGAAUUUGUGUCCUUCUUUGUCUGUGUGUACUGAUGCCAGUGAGAAUUGGUCAUGUCUCUUGGUGGUGAGUUGGUGUUUGUGUGUAUCCUUAUUUUCAGUUUUCUUCCAGCUUGGCCUACGUGAUGGUUCUCAUAAUCCUUGCAUGGUAUUUUUUAUAUUACAUUGGUUUUAUUGGUUGUGGGUAUGGGAUCCUUUUACAUUCGUCAGUAGCUGUCACAGGGUGUUUGUUAGUUUGUGGGCUAUCCUGAUACCUAGGAGUCUGAGUAGUCUUGUGGUCAUCUCUGAUAUGUCUCUGAUGUACGGUAGGGUGACUAACGUGUCUGGCUGUGCCGUGUCUUCCUGUUGUGGAGGUAAUGGUGGAUUAUGCUUUUUUGGGUAUCCAUUCCUUUAAAAAAAAUCUGGGCCCUGAUCUUUCACCUCUUUUGAUCUCUCAGAUCACAUUAGCUUCAUCACCCUGUGGUUGCUGGCUCUUCUUCUCUACACAUUUAUCGGUUCAAUAUCAGGACUUAACUGUUGGAAAGCCAGACAAAAAUUCUGCCUCUAACGAUCGUAGGGGAGACUUUCUGCUUGGGUGAGACUUUUUAAAUCCGAGGACAGUGUGGUCCAUAACAACUGGUAUCAUCAUGCCAAACAAUUAUGUACAUGCUCUGACUGUCUAAUACAGGCUAAUAAAUGUUUUCCACUUUG